AUGAAGUUUCUUGUGACUUUUUGGGUCCCAGCUGUUGGAUGCAGAUUGCAAAGACAUAAUAGUAGGAGUCGGGGUGAUGAAAGCAGUGGUGGUAGUGCUGGUGGUGGUGGCUGCGGUGAAGGUGUGGUGGUGAUGCUAAUAGUGGGAUGUGUUGGUUGGGGGUGGAGAGGUAACAAUGGUGGUAGGGCGGUGGUAGCACUGGUAGUGGCGGCAAUGAUGGUGGUAAUGGCAGUUGUGGUUAUGGUGGCAAUGAUGGCGGUUGUGGUAAUGGUGCAUGGUGGUGGUGGUGACGAUGACAGCAUCAAUGGUGGUGGUGGUGGUGGCGAUGACAGCAUCAGUGGUGGUAGUUGUGGUGGCAAGAAUGGUGGCAAUGGAGGUAAUGAUGGUGGUGACAAUGGUGGUAGUAGUGACAGUGGUGGAGGUUGUGGUUAUGGCGGUGGUGGUGGCAAAUAUGGUGGUUGUAAUGGCAGUGAUGGUAUAAGGUUAGUAUUUGUAGUGGUCGGUAUUAGCAUUUACUUUUUCUCUAAAGAAUAA